ACCCUGAAUUUUGUUGUCUUUCAUUCAAAUAAUUGUAAAACCCCACCGGCCACCCUUUUCUUCGUUGUCACUCUGCAAAGUUCGGGGGUUGGAGCUGGGUCAAUAGAAACUACAAAUAACAAUGCUUUCUUCAAUUACCUCUCAACGGCUGAGACCCUUUCUUCUUCUUCAUCUCCGUCACGCUCAAAUCCUCCUAUAUUCCUCUCUUCCUCACUCUGUUUCCACCAAACCCAUUUCGAUUCACAACCCUACUAACCCAGAACCGCAAUCAAGUUCAACAAUUUAUGACCACACCACGGUGCGUGAAACGCUUUCUUCUUACUGCAAUGACUGGAAGAAAGCCUUGGACUUCUUUAACUGGCUGGAAACUGAAUGUCACUUCCUACACACCACUGUAACCUACAAUCGCAUGCUUGACAUUCUUGGUAAGUUCUUUGAGUUUGAGCUCUGUUGGAACUUAAUUCAAAAAAUGAAGCAGAACCCAGUUUCUGUUCCUGAUCAUACUACAUUUCGCAUACUGUUUAAGAGGUAUGUAUUGGCACACCUUGUAAAGGAAGCUAUAGAUACUUAUAAUAGAUUGGAAGAGUUUGGUUUGAAGGAUGAGACCUCCUAUUGUAAUCUUAUUGAUGCUCUUUGUGAGUAUAAGCAUGUGAUUGAAGCCCAAGAAUUGUGUUUUUGGAAGAACAAAGAUUUGGGCUUUGAUAAGAGUACUAAGCUCUAUAAUUUACUUCUUCGUGGGUGGUUGAAAAUGGGGUGGUGGGGUAAGUGUAGGGACUUUUGGGAAGAGAUGGAUAGGAGAGGUGUUCGUAAAGAUUUGCAUUCGUAUUCAAUAUAUAUGGAUAUAUUAUGCAAGAGUGGAAAGCCGUGGAAGGCUGUGAAGUUGUACAAGGAGAUGAAGAACAAAGGGAUCAAACUGGAUGUGGUGGCAUAUAAUACAGUUAUUCGUGCCAUUGGUCUUUCUGAUGGUGUUGAUUUUUCAAUGAGGUUGCUAAGGGAGAUGAAGGAAUUGGGUUGUCAACCAAAUGUCGGGACCUAUAAUACAAUUAUAAAGCUUUUGUGCGAGAAUGGGAGAUGUAAGGAGGCAUUUUCGUUGCUUCAUCAAAUGCCUAGGAUGGGAUUACUACCAGAUGUGAUAACAUAUCAUUGCAUUUUUAAGCAUCUAGAGAAGCCAAAUGAGAUUCUUAGACUGUUUGAUAGGAUGACUGAAAGUGGGGUUCAACCAAAGAUGGACACUUUUGUGAUGCUUAUGAGGAAGUUUGGAAGAUGGGGAUUCCUCAGACCAAUGUUUCUUGUGUGGAAUAGGAUGGAAAAACUUGGGUGUAGUCCUGAUGAGUCUGCUUACAAUGCUUUAAUCGAUGCUCUGGUGGAAAAAGGUAUGUUAGACAUGGCUAGGCAGUAUGAUGAAGAGAUGCUAGCAAAGGGUCUUUCAGCUAAGGCAAGGGAGGAGUUGGGGACGAAAUUAGUGAGCAGUGAAUCUGAUGAUGGGUAAUUGCAAUAUGAUUUUGAUGCUUCGAAAGUACCUACAUAGCAUCUGGAAUACACAGGCAUUUCCACCUGCAUUUUUCUGUUGAAAAGAAAAUGGGAGCUAAGGAAUACCAUCUGAAUAAUGCAAACAGUGCUGAAGGAUAUGGUAUUUAUGGCUCCCAGAUACAUAUUAUUGUGAAGUUGUGCAGCUGAGAACAUUGGUUACACUGAGUUUGGGGUGGUAACCGCAGAUCAUUCGACGACCUUUUGUGCUGAGCUUGUCAUAGCACGGACACCUAUUUCCUGCUCAUAAUAAAACUAAAUGUUAAAGACCUUUUUGAUCUAGGACAUGGAUGUGUGGGUAAAUUUGCCUGCAAAGCUGAUAUUUGGAGCCCAGAAGCAUGGCUUCCAUUGGUUCAGAAGUAGGAAAAAUGUGGGGAGAGGAUAUUCUUGUCAGUGCCCUUGGUCUUGACGAUGCGUUGGAAUUGUUUCCAAAUUUAGAUUCCUAGGACAUAGUUGUUCAUCCAUUUUGUCUUCCACUCUAACAGUCAUGGAAACCCUUUGAUGAUAUUAAGCAAGUUGCCAGUGGUGACAGUAUGCAAGUUGCUGUAUUGGUGUCUAGCUGCACACUGAUAUGGGUAACUUUAUCGUCUCUUUCGGGACAUCUUAUAACAAUUUUUCUUCUUGUUUCCUUUUUUAGUUGCUGGGGAGGGGUGUUCUCAGUUUGUAACAAUUCCUUAUUGGGAAAACUUCUCAAUCGAUUCCUAAUGAGCAAUUAAAUUUAGAGUGAGAAACAUUUUUGCUUGUGUC